ACCUGACCAAGGACAAGACAUAAGUCUUCUCUCUCACGGGAUCAGAGGUUGUAGCAAUGGAACAGGUGUCAGCAUCAGUUGGCAAAUUUACAGUCGAUCUUUUCAACAAGCUGAAUGAGACCAACAAGGGCAAAAACAUUUUCUUUUCCCCUUGGAGCAUAUCAUCUGCUCUGGCUCUGGUGUACCUGGGUACAAAAGGCAAUACAGCAGCAGAGAUGGCAGAGGUUCUUCAUUUCACUCAAGCAGCAGGAGCUGAAGGCUCUUCUGUGGCCAGACCUUCUCGGGGAAGACCAAAGAGAAGAAAAAUGGAUCCUGAGCACAAUCAAACCGAAUAUAUUCAUUCUGGCUUCAAAAAGCUCCUGACUGCCAUCAACAAACCCAGAAACAGCUACUCACUGAAAAGUGCCAACCGCAUUUACAUGGAAAAAACCUUCUCAUUACUGCCUGAAUACAUACAGCUCAGUAAGGAAUACUACAAAGCAGAGCCACACAAGGUUAACUUUAAGACAGCACCGGAACAAUCUAGAAAGGAAAUCAACAUUUGGGUUGAAAAACAAACUGAGGGCAAAAUCAAGAAUUUGCUGAGUUCACAAGAUGUGUUAAACUCCACCAAGCUGGUCCUGGUAAAUGCCAUUUACUUCAAGGCAGAAUGGGAAGAGAAAUUUCAGGCAGAAGCUACAGAUCUGCAACCGUUCCGGCUGAGUAAGAACAAGACCAAGCCUGUGAAGAUGAUGUACAUGAGACAUACAUUUCCAGUUCUCAUCAUGGAAACAAUGAAUUUCAAAAUGAUUGAGUUGCCGUAUGUGAAACAUGAACUCAGUAUGUUCAUCCUCCUUCCCAAUGACAUCAAAGACAGCACUACGGGUCUUGAACAGCUGGAAAGAGAACUGACGUAUGAGAAGCUGUCCGAAUGGACUGAUUCCAAGAAGAUGACAAAAACUCUUGUGGAUCUGUACCUACCUAAGUUCACAAUGGAGGAGACAUAUGACCUCAGUAAUAAGCUGAGCAGCAUGGGGAUGCGCACUGCCUUCACCAGCAAUGCUGAUUUCAGAGGAAUGUCUGAAAAGGGUGAUGUGCUGAUCUCCAAAGUUUUGCACAAGUCUUUUGUUGCAGUUGAUGAGAAAGGCACUGAGGCAGCUGCUGCUACUGUAAUUACAGGAAUAACAAGUGGACCUCCUGGCCAUGCUCUGAAAUUUAAGGCUGACCACCCCUUCCACUUCUUCAUCAGACACAAUCAAUCCAAGAGCAUUCUCUUUUUUGGCAGAUUCUGCUCUCCCCCUGAAUGAGCUUAUUAUUUGCUCCCAGACAGCACCGAAGGUUCACUGUUCAAUGGAAAAAUGUGACCUGCAGUGUAAAAUGGUCAACCUUAAGCCAUGUAGCCACAUGUACUGAAAGUGUACAUCCUUUUUCUUCCCCACCCCCGCCCCCCCAAGUAAGGCAGCACCCAGAGACCACCCUGUGCCUCAAAAACCACCCUUCUAUUGCUCCUUUCCAUUGUCCUAAUGAGGGAGCCCUCCACAUAAAACAGAGAGCAGAAUUUUGCUCCCUUGUCUCAAAUCUGCUCUUCUGGCUUUGUUGUUUGAGAGUAAGGUGGAGCUAUAAAAGGUCUCUGCAAACAGGCCAUCAUCUAGCCCCAUGCCAAAUGCUGACUUCAAGGGAAAUGCAGUUCAUCCUCCUGAAUCUCCUAGAGAGGAAAAAAAAAAUCCCUGAAAUAAAAAAAGAACUUGUAGAAAUCCAUAUGUUCUCUUCUUCUCACUGGGAAACCUGCCUUGGCAUUACAAUGCAGUUUCCUUAUGUUCAUUUCAAAUUUAAAGACUGUUGGAAAUUAACAAAAUCUAAUACAAACCCAGAAUAAUCUUAAAAUGCCCCUCACCUUCCCCUUUCUUACCAUGUAUAUAAAGACACAUUACAUUCAAUCUCUCCUGCCCUUGCAGCUUCAUAAAGAAAUGAGGGAGCGAGGGAAAAUGGUUCAGCCCUUAACAUUUAAUCACCGACUUCUAAUCACCUUUCAUUUUUUCCUCAUUUUUCUAAACUUUGUAGGUUAAGGUUGCUGAGAGUUCCAAGUAGCAAAAAUGCAAAGAAAAGUAUAAGCACCAUGCUUCUUGCUACCUCUUAUUGAUAUGUAAUCUAAAACCUCAAGAAUUCAAACCAGCUUCCUCAUUUAAUAUACCAGUUUCCUGGCUAAUAUCUGCAGUUUCCUUGCUACCUGUAUCAUUGAUCUAUGCAUGAUUUAUGUAAUGAUUUAUAAUGAAUUAUGUAACUUAUGAGUGCAUCGCAGCAAAGAUAGUCAUAGUAUUGACAGAAACACCAGUGAUUUUGACUGAUGCUUCAUAAAUUUACUGUGAUUUGCAUUUAAUCCAAUAAAUGACC